AUGAGAUACCUCUUCUCUGUCAUUGUUCUCACCCUUGGUGCAGUUCCCAUUGUCACGAACAUUUUUGCCUGGACACACGAGAUUAUAAUAGUUGUGGAUCAAAGCGCGGUCUUUAUCGGUCCAGUUUGCGCCAGCGUGUUCAACUUUUCUGCAGGGCUCAACACAGCGUGUACGUCUUUCUCCUCAAGUGCCCUUCUGGUCAUAAACAUCCUGCAGCUCCUGACAUUUUCGAACAAUUUUGCUGCUUUUGACGACCAUGCAGACGUUCUUCUCCAGUCAAUGCCUCUUGUGAUGACGCAACGCUUCAUCCUUAACCUCCGCCAGCUUAAUCACACCUCAAGAAGCAGCAACUCGGAUGCACUGCACUUCUCCCGCUUCUCUGUCAAUUUCAGAAUUCCCUCUGAUUUUCUCGGAAACAUUGGAGAGCCCUUAGAGCAUGGGCAGUUGGAGGUGAUGCUAGAAGGUGGCGAUGGUGCAGAGGAGGAAUUGGAGGACGGACCGGACAAUAAUCCGCUGCAGCAGACGUCACAGCUCGCCGCUGAAUUAACAGAAGCAUCAAUAAACAGCGCAUAG